CACAACCCAGAGAAUGAAUUUUACAAUAACUCCAAGAAGCACAGUAGAAUCAAUGAAAGACCGCACCCGAAAGGACGGACAAUCAACUGAUGUGCAAAGAGAACAAACUGUGCCAAUACAACUGAGAAAAGAAACAAUAAAUAUCGAGAACAUAAGAUGAAAAGUCCUUGAAAAUGAGUCUAUAGUUUGUGGGAACAGUUCAGUGAUCUGAUCUACUCUGUACUUCUAUUCAUUCUGAAGGAUAACAUUUUCAGAUUUAAUUCUUUCUUGUUACUCUACAAACUCUCAGUCAAGUCUGUUUACAAUUCCAUAUCUCCUUCGGACAUUGGACACAUUUGGCCCAUUGAGUCUAAAUCUGACAAUUUAUGGGGUGAUCCCAACACCCUCAAUCUAUUCGUAAAUUCCCGUCAGUUCCUCUCAGGCUGUACUGAAUAGCUGUACAGUCAGAACGGUUUAAAAUGGCCAAUUAACCUAUCUGGGCUGCACCUUCAAUCCUGACAUGGCCUCGCAUCACCUGCCUUUUCCAAACUAUCUGCUGGAUGCUCCUCAUCAUCCCUAUUUAUUGAUAAAGAGACUCUGAAAUUUGGACAAGAUAACUGAUCCAGAGGGUGUGGGGUUACAGAGAGAGGGAGGGGUGUGUGGUGAGAGUGGGGUUGCAGAGACAGGGAGGGGUGUGUGGUCCAGAGUGGGGUUACAGAGAGAGGGAGGGUUGUGCCUGAGAGACCUCUCCCACAGAGCAGCAGUCCCUAGGCUAAGCUAAAAUAAUGUCACUGUUGGAUUGAAUGUGUUAAUCAUUUGUGAAUACUUCCUCUUUUUAUUUCCCUUUCCUGAUUUGAGUAUUCUCUUCAACAAUUUUAUCCACACAGUGCAGCUGCUGCAGGAGAGGGUAGUGACCCCUGAUGUGUCUGUCUGAUUAACUCUGGAGACGAGCAGUGGACUGAUCCUGGUCUAACGGCAGAAAACUGACAGAAUAUGCUGGAUCUGGGAACAAUCGGAAAAGUGUACUUCGUCCUGCCACUUCUUCAAGCCGCAGUGUCGAAUGAGUGGUCAGCUGACACACCAUCACAUGUGACAGCACAGAGAGGCUUGUGUGCCCGGAUUCCAUGCCACUACCGUUAUCCAUCGAGUGUUGUUAAGACGUCAUGGACUGGUAUCUGGUAUAACAGUGACAAAGCAAACGCCAAACAUAUAGCCUUUCACUCCAGCGAUCACAGUCAGGAGAUACAGAAGUUUCAUUCUCGGACCCGUCUGUCUGGAGACUUGGAAGACGGUGACUGUUCCCUGGUUAUCAACAACAUCAAUCGGAAAGAUGAAGGGUGGUACUGUUUCAGGAUUGAAUUUGGGGGAAGAUACAAGUUCAGCUAUCUCCCUGCUACAUGGCUCCAUGUCACUGAUUUCACAGAUAAACCCACAAUAUUCGCUGCUGAACUUGUUGAAGGACCAAAAUCUGUGAACAUAACCUGCAUCUUCAACACCACGUGUGAUGGAACUUCACCCACCUUAACCUGGGUCACCCCCACUGAUGUACCACCAUCAGUCUCAAGCAGUGUAACUCAGUGGAACGACACUCUGACAUAUACUUCUGUCCUGACCAUGACCCCAGCGCUCAAGCACCACGGGCAAAGUCUCACCUGCAGAGUCAGAUACCCAUCUGUUUCAUCGGAGCAGACCCUCACACUAACUGUGCAGUACGCCCCACAGAAUCUCUCAGUCACUUCUACCAACAGCGUGAACAAUUCCUGGGUGAAUAUGAAGGAAGGGAUUCCUACAUCGAUCUUUUGCUCCGUCCAGAGCUUCCCAGCAUCGAACCUGAGGUGGAAACAUCUCGGGGUCACACUGAACAGAACUCGUUCCAGCAACAAGCUGUGGCUGGAGUUUCCUCAGGUGACACCCCAGCAGGCCGGAGACUAUCGGUGUGUGGCAAAGAAUAAACACGGGACUGCGGAGGGGGCAGUGACCGUCACUGUGGAAUAUGCCCCACAGAAUCUCACAAUCAUUUCUCCCAACAACAUGAACAAUUCCUGGGUGAAUAUGAAAGAAGGCUUUCCUACAUUGAUCCUUUGCUCUGUCCAGAGUUUCCCAGUGUCAAAUCUAACAUGGAGACAUCACGGUGUCACACUGAACACAACAAGUUCCAGCAACGAACUGUGGCUGGAGUUUCCUCAGGUGACACCCCAGCAGGCAGGAGUCUAUGAGUGUGUGGCAGAGAAUGAACACGGGACAGCGGAGAGAGCCAUCACCCUCAGUGUGGAGUAUGCCCCACAGAAUCUCUCAAUCACUUCUCCCAACAACAUGAACAAUUCCCGGGUGAAUAUGAAGGAAGGGGUUCAUACAUCGAUCCUCUGCUCUGUCCAGAGUUUCCCAGUGUCUAAUCUAACAUGGAGACAUCUCGGGGUCACACUGAACACAACAAGUUCCAGAAAUGAACUAUGGCUGGAGUUUCCUCAGGUGACACCCCAGCAGGCUGGAGUCUAUGAGUGUGUGGCGGAGAAUGAACACGGGACAGCGAAGAGGGCCAUCACCCUCACUGUCGAGUAUGCCCCACAGAAUCUCUCAAUCACUUCUCCCAACAACGUGAACAAUUCCUGGGUGAAUAUGAAGGAAGGGGUUCAUACAUCGAUCCUCUGCUCUGUUCAGAGUUUCCCAGUGUCUAAUCUAACGUGGAGACAUCUCGGUGUCACACUGAACACAACAAAUUCCAGCAACGAGCUGUGGCUGCAGUUUCCUCAGGUGACACCCCAGCAGGCUGGAGUCUAUGAGUGUCUGGCAGAGAAUGAACAUGGGACAGCGGAGAGGGCCAUCACCCUCAGUGUGGAGUAUGCCCCACAGAAUCUCUCAAUCACUUCUCCCAACAACGUGAACAAUUCCUGGGUGAAUAUGAAGGAAGGGGUUCAUACAUCGAUCCUCUGCUCUGUUCAGAGUUUCCCAGUGUCUAAUCUAACGUGGAGACAUCUCGGUGUCACACUGAACACAACAAAUUCCAGCAACGAGCUGUGGCUGCAGUUUCCUCAGGUGACACCCCAGCAGGCUGGAGUCUAUGAGUGUCUGGCAGAGAAUGAACAUGGGACAGCGGAGAGGGCCAUCACCCUCAGUGUGGAGUAUAAGCCUGAGAUUUCUCCGGAUUCAGGAUGCACUCGGACCUCCGAGGUCAUCUCAUGCGUGUGUGCAGCCAGAUCGAACCCUCCUGGAGAGUUCACCUGGCAUCUCCCCCUCGCCAACCUCAGCGGGAACCAGACGCAUGGUCGUUUCCAGACGUGGCAGGUGGAAGAUGGGCAACUGGUGGCUGGCUCGCUGACCUUGGGUGUCGAGGGAGAGGAGGAUGUGACUGCCUUCUGUACCGUCCGAAACCAGCAUGGAGAGGUCAUGUUCACAGUGUCCCUGUGGAUGAAAGAUUUUUCCGAUCCUGAGCAGUGGCUGGUCUCUGGUCUUUGGAUCACAGUGUUACUCACGAUAAAUGUCGUUCUCUGUGUGCUACUGGCUGGAUUCUUCAUCUACAAGUACAUCCCAAAACGGGAUAGACGGACCAAGGAGACGGCAUUGGAGAUCCUGGACACCACCGUCAGCUCCAGUGCAAGCUUGACCACACCUCAGGACGCGGAGAGGCAGAGGACGAGCCAGAUCCCACCAAUAAAGUCCAUUGGAGAGGAGGAGGAGUGUGGCCCGGUGUACGCCAGCCUGCGGGAACUGCCUGGCGGUGGAGGCCCUGUUCGCAGGGGGGAGACGGUCACAUACGCAGAGCUGCACUUCCAGUCAAUCGGGCCAGCGUGAGGGGUCGCGGCGCUGAACAGAUCCUCUGAGAUGUUGAUGCCCAGGAACUUGAAGCUGCUCAGCAUUUCCACCGCUGACCCCAGGAUGAAGACUGGAGUGUGUUCCCCCGAUUUCCCCUUCC